CUUCCUUUUAUAUCUAUCUCUCGCAUCCAAACAGAGCAAUUAUCAGAGAAAUCAACUUCUAAGAUUGGAGUCGGAAAAUGCUAACAGCUAAAUAUCCGGUCACCGGAGACCAGAAACUCCGGCCGAAGAGCGCGCGGAAACCUCUCCAGCCGAAGAACAUCCCGGCGAAUCCCGUCGUCGUCUUCGAUUUCGCGAAGACCGCCAAGCCAGACCAAGAAUGCGUCAAAAUCUCUCUGCUCUCGAACAAGGAGAACCAGCCGGCGUUUUCCUCUCCGGCGAAGAUCGAGUCGUUUGACACUUCGCUGGCGGAGGAGCUGAGCGCGAUCAAGAAGAAGCUGGAGCGGUUGAAAGCCGACAGAGAGAAGACCGAGAAGAUGUUGAGGGAAAGGGAUAUGAUUCUGGAUUUGCAGACGAAGGAGAUCGAAUCUCGAGGAGAGAUCCAGAAGAAGCUCGAGAUUGAGGUCGAUAGGUUGUACAGAUUGAAUCAGCUUCAUUCUCAAUCACUGCAGAGAUUUUCUCCGAUUCGGUCUCUCCGAGAGAAGGAACGAGCAAAGAAAGGCACUGAAUCUGAAUCACAGGAGUCGAAAAGCAAGGAUAGAGAGGACUCCGUCUGCCAAAGCUCCCCGCCCGAAUUAAUCAGUUCAGCUUCAUCAGAAAUUAUUUCAGAGACCAAGUAAAACUUUUUUUUUUUUUUGGUAUCAAAAAAAGGAAAGAUUUUUCUUUUUUCUUCCAGUUUUUAAAUUUUGGGUUCUCUCUUAUUUGACUGGCCUCACUGUACCAA